AAAUGCCGAGGUCUUGUCACUGGUCUCUCCACAGUGGCUUUGCGUUGCUUCCUGCGAUGGCUCCGGUUUAUCGUUCCACUGGCCAGCUCGUGUGGUUCCUGAUUUGCUUGCAGUGGUCUUGGAUUCCGGCCGAGAGCGGCAAGCUGCUGGCUGUCCCUGUCGAUGGUAGUCAUUGGCUCAGCAUGAAAACCAUAGUGGAGGAGCUUCAUGGAAGAGGACACCAGAUUGUUGUAGUUUACCCUGAAAACUCUUUGACAAUUAAGGCCUCCUGUCACUACACCAGCACAACCUAUUUCAUUCCCUUCAGCCAAGAUGAUGUGGAGCAGAUACACAGAGAUAUGAUAGAGGUGGCGUUUUACAACGGGACUGUUUUUGAACAAAUUUGGAGGACCAUGGAGCAUAUGAAUGGGUACAAGCAGUUUGUCCUGUCUCACUGUGAGUAUUUACUGUUUAACACAGAGCUGAUGGAGGAGCUGGCUGAAGAAAGAUUCGAUGCCCUGCUGACAGACCCUUUAAAUGCAUGUGGUGCGAUCGUUGGUGAGUACCUCACUCUCCCCAUCGUGAACUUGCUGCGAGGAAUCCCUUGCGGUUUGGAAUAUUCAGCCACUCGGUGUCCACGGCCUCUCUCGUUUGUGCCAAGAAUGUUCACGGGUAACACCGAUCGAAUGACCUUUCUCCAAAGAGCUGGGAAUAUGCUGAUUAGUUUUCUGGAUCCAUUGCUGUGUUAUUUUGUGUAUUCGCCAUUUGAAGAGCUGGCCACUAGGUUCCUGAAGAAGGACGUGACUCUGGUCCAGCUACUGAGCCGGACCUCCAUCUGGCUGAUGCGAUACGACUUCAUCCUGGAGUACCCCAAACCCCUGAUGCCAAACAUGGUCCUUGUUGGAGGCAUCAACUGCAAGGAGAGGAAACCUCUGCCUCAGGACUUGGAAGAAUUUAUGAACAGUUCUGGAGAACAUGGAGCUGUAAUCUUCUCCUUAGGAUCAAUGGUUUCUGAAAUGCCCAUCUCUUCUGCCAAUCGGAUUGCAGAAGCAUUUGGUCAAAUUCCUCAGAAGGUGUUGUGGAGACACAGUGGAGAAAGGCCCUCAACACUGGCACCCAACACCAAGCUGAUGGACUGGCUGCCUCAGAACGAUUUGCUGGCGCAUCCCAAAACACGAGCUUUCCUGACCCAUGGGGGGACACAUGGAAUCUACGAGGCGAUCUGCAGUGCUGUGCCUAUGGUCAUGUUGCCAUUAUUUGGAGAUCAGAUGGAUAACACACUGCGUAUGAUGCGUCAUGGCACUGGCAUUAUAUUGAAUUUGAAGGACAUCACUUCCCGGGACCUCGUGGAUGCAUUAAACAAUGUUAUCAAUAAUACUAGAUACAAGGAAGCCAUGAUGAGGAUGUCGUCACUGCACAAGGAUCGGCCGGUAGAGCCCCUGGCCCUCUCUGUCUAUUGGGUGGAGUUUGUGAUGAAGCACAGAGGAGCCAAACAUUUGCAAACUGCCGCUCACCAUCUGAGCUGGGUCCAGUAUCACUGCUUGGAUGUCAUUGGCAUCCUUCUCGCUGUAGCCCUGCUGCUGGUCUACCUGAUGUUCAAGUGCUGCUCAAUCUGUCUACACAGAACGAGGGGACAUAGAAAGAACAAACUUGACUGAAGCACUCGAGAUGAGGCUUCACAGGGCAUCUGAUUAUCUGACCUUCCAUCUGCAAUCAAGCAAUAGAGUCCAAUCCAUGGACACCACUUGCUCUGAGUCAGACCUCUUGACAGUCUCCACAACUUUACUCUUCCACCCAUGGUCGUACCAGCAUCUAAGUUAUGCUCUGGAAACACCACUGCCACUCUCUCAGUGUUUCCUUGAAACCUCCCCCGUUCAUCAGCAUUUGGAGAUCUUCCCAAAUAUUUACUUAUGUACUUAACCCUAGAAUGUUAGGCCAAGGCAUAGGUGCAGAAUUAGACCAAACAGCCCAUCAAGUCCACUCCGCCAUUCAAUCAUGGCUGAUCUACUUUUCCCUCAAGCCAUCAUUCUCCUGUUUUUUCCUUGUAACCUUUGACAUCCUUACUAAACAAGUCUAUCAAUACAAAGCCUGCUUUAAAAAUGCCAAUGACUUGGCCUCUGCAGCUACUCUUUUUUUUAAAUUUUAUUUUUAUUAGCAGUACAAUAAAUCACAUUAAUACAUCGCAUAUAUCUUAUUACAUUAUGUUGUACCACUUCAUUUUUUUGAGCUUUAAAAAGAUAGAAAUAAAAUAAGUAAGGAAAGUAAGCAAGAAUCGUGAAGGUGCAGGAAAGUGUUGGGAGAAGAGAACCCCUUAGGGAAGGAAUUAGAGAAGGAAGUAAAGAAAAGAAAUAAGACCCUAGAAAGAAAAGAAAAAAAAGAAGAAAGGAAAAUCAAUCGUUCUAUUGUAACACAAAACUCCGCAAAAAAGGAUAUACCAACCGUGUUUUUAUUAAAAAUUUAUUUUAUACCCCCCAUUACCAGGUCCUGGCAGCUUUUAUGUUUUAACUUAUUAUUGCACCUUAUGAUGGUAAUAGUUCCAUAAAUGCAGACCACGUCUUUUGGAAGUGAUCUGCUUUGCCUGCCAGGAGGAGUCUCAUCUCUUCCAAGUGUAGUGUUUCGAACAUGUUUGAAAUCCACAUUUUUGUUGUUGGUAUUGGAGCAUUUUUCCAAAAUUUAAGUAUAAGCUUUUUUCCCAUUAUUAGCCCAUAAUUAAGUAAGUUCUUUUGAAACAUAUUUAAUUCUGGGUUACCUUCCGAUAUUCCAAAAAUGAUCCAUUCUACUUUGGGUAGUAGUUUUGUUUUAAAUAAUUUUGUAAAGAUUUCAAAUAUUUCGUUCCAGAAUUUUUGAAUUUUUAUACAGAAAACAAAAGUGUGCGCUAUAUUAGCUUCUUGUGACUGACAUUUAUCACAAAUGGGUGAGACAUUGGGGGAAAGUUUAUUUAUUUUAGUUUUUGAAUAAUAUAGUCUAUGUAAUGUUUUAUAUUGGAUUAGAGUAUGUCGUACGUUGAUCGAGCAUUUAUGCACAUAUAAUAAGUGUUUAUCCCAGCUCUCUUUUGAAAUUUUUAUAGCUAGUUCUUGUUCCCAGUCUCUUCUAAUAUUAUCUGUUGUAGGUAUUUCUAUAUUCAAUAUAAUAUUAUAUAAGUAUGAUAUUAGAUUUGCUGAUUCAGCCUUUAUCUUCAUGGCUUCAUCUAAUAAGUCUUAAUCACCUUAGUAAACCAAAAGAGAUGGGUGGUCUAGCGCUCCCUAACUUUAUGUACUAUAAUUGGGCGGUAAAUAUUAAAAAUAUGAUUCACCUGCUGGACAACUCUGCCCAGCAGGUGGAUUGGAUUAUAAUGGAGAGAGAGUACUGCGCUCCUGGUAAUACAGGAGCGACUCUCCUCUCAUCAACGAAUUUGAAUAACAAACAUUAUAAUAAAAAUCCAAUGAUACAUAGUACAAUUAGAACUUGGAAACAAAUAAAACAGAACUUAAAAUUAAGAAAUUUAUCUCUGCUAAUGCCAAUAGCCAAUAACCCUUCGUUUAAACCCUCAAUUAUAGAUAAAUCAUUUACACAAUGGGAAAGAAAGGGAAUCAAAACGCUCGGAGACUUGUAUGAAUUAGGGAAAUUAUUACCAUUUCAACAAUUACAACUGAAAUAUAACUUGAAUAAUAAUCAAUAUUUUAAAUAUCUUCAAAUCCGUGAUUAUCUGAAAAAAUAUACAAAAGACUAUUAUAAUAUGCCCCCAGACUCUGCAGCUACUCUGAGGCAUUGAAUUCCACAGAUUCACCACUCUCUGGCUGAAGAGUUGCUUUUAGUUGUUUGUAACUGCUGCUGUGUAGAUCCUUUGACGUUUCACAAUGUUCGAUAUACCUUUUAAAUGCAAGAUGUUUCUCGAUUGAACUCCCCAGAUUAAUGAGGUCUGUUCACACUGGAGAUUCUCAUUUACGGUAUAACUUAUCUUUCACAAAUCUACACCUGUAGGAGUAAGCAAUGUCCUCCAUUUCCCAACCCCAACAUUUUAACCACCUCACUGGAAUGUCAAUUACUAUCCUUUAAUAGGUCUAGAUUUAAUUAAGUCUAGAUAGAUUAAGAUGUUUUAUUCUGUUACGACCACGGCCUCUAUUAGUUGGUAUUUCAUAAUUCCACAAUGGAUUAAAUAACAAAGUGAAUAAUCUCCUACUUCAAUCCUAUAACUGGCCAACCAAUUGUAUUUAUUAGUUAAAAACAAAAAAAAUUCAAAACUAAUAUAUACAUGGCAAAGAUGGAAAUUUAAGAUCCCUUGGACCUGACAUGCAUUCCAUGAGAAUGACCAGAAGAUGGCACCAGAAGUCAAGAAUGUUUUAUUGUUAAAUGCCCCAAAACGGAACGAUGAAAUUCUUACUUGCAGCAACACAAUAGAUAUGUAAACAUAGUAUUCUGUAAACACCAUAAUAAACAACAAAAAAACACAGUUAUCUGUCUGCAAUGCCUUCUUCCUGAUGGCAGGAGUGAAAUGAGAGUGUAGGCAGAUUUAUGUGAGUCUUUGAUGAUGCUGGCUUCCUUCUUGAGGCAGCGACUCCUGUACAUCCCAUCCCCAAGGUCACAUCACGACUGGUCACAUAACGACCAAACCAAGUCGUGAUGUGACCAGUCAACUUGCUCUCUAAUGUACACCUGUAGAAGUUCAAGAUAAUAAUCGAUGACAUACCGAAUCUCCACAAUUUUCUUUGGAAGUAGUGGCAUCGAUGGGCUUUCUUUAUGAUUGGGACAUGUUGGGACCAGGACAGACCUUCAGAGAUAUGCACGCCCAGGAAUGUGAAGUAUUUUACUCUUUUCACCACCAUCCCGUCGAUGAACACUGGUUUAUGGAUCCUCGGCCUUCCUCUUCUACUGACGUUGAGAGCAAAGUUGUUGUUCUGGCAUCAUUCAGUCACACCAUUCAGUAUAUUCUGAUGUCAUCAUCCGCAAUAUGUCCAAUAUGGUGGUGUUGUUGGCAAAUUUUAAGAUGAAGAUGCAAACUGUGUUCAGCUGCACAGUCAUAGGAACAGAGUGAGUUAAGCAAGGGGGGGAACACACAACCUUGAGGUGCUCCCAUGCUGAAGGUUAUCGAGGAGGAUGUGUUGCAGCUAAUUCAUACUGAUUGUGUUUUGUUAAUGAUCUAGUUGCAGAGGGAUGUACAGAGGCCCAGUUCCCUGAGCUUGGUAACCAGUUUGGGGGGUAUGGUGGUGUUGAACCCUGAGCAUAGUCGAUGUGCAACAGCCAAAUGUCACCAAUUCACCUUAAUUUUGAAAUCUUGAUUAAAAACUCAUGGGAUUGAUUGAAAUAUUAAAGUUGAAAUAGUAAAUUUUCUAUGAAUUUUAUUGGUUUGAAAAACUAGAUGGCAGAUCCAAUUGAAUUUCUGGUCAAAAGAUGCCUCCCAGGAUAUUCUGGCUGUGGGUGUGGGUGGCGGUUUUAAACCAGCUGCUCUUUACCUACUGGUUGAAUUUGUACAUUGCUGUUCUCAGCACUGGCUUUCGGCAACUUACUUCAGUAGUUCCUGACGCGUUGUGUGGAGAUAUGUGGCCACAUCUAGGACACACCAAUACGCAUUCAAGUAGAAAACCUACAACUCCCUGCGGCAUCUGCGGUCCCACAUCACUGAUCUCUUGUUAACUUGGCCCAGCUAUUCCAUAUGAACAUUUACGGCUUAAGAAAAGACCAUUUCGCCCCCCACGUCUGAGAUGGCCCUUCAAAAGAGCAGUCUGAUUGACUUCAUCCAACUUCAUUGGCUCUGUUGCCCUGCAGAAAUUAUGUGAUACUUUUUUUAAUACUGCAGUUUAUUUACUAAGCCGUUGUAAAUGUUUUAAGCCACUGAAGUGCGAAGUUGGCUGUUGGAUGCCUUUCUGUGACACUGUAUACAUUGUUGCAAUGCCCACCCGCUGCAUGUCCGUCACGAGAUUAGACGGCUGUGGGGACCAAGUCAAUGGAUAUUUUUAAGGCGGAGAUUGACAGAUUUUUUAUUAGUAAGGGUGUCAGGGGUUAUGGGGCGAAGGCAGGAGAAUGGGAUGGAAAGGGAAAAAUAGAUCAGCCAUGAUUGAAUGGCAGAGUAGACUUUGUAGUGGCCAUUUGGCUUGUUUUGCAUGUCAUUGAUGAUGGCAUGUGCCUUUAAAUUUUAGACUGCCCGUUAUAUUGUGGGAUUUGUGACGUAUUUUUGGGCGUGUUUUGGUCUAUGUAUCUAGCGCAGAAGCUUAGGAGUUAGUGUAGUUUGGCGCAAACAUGGAGAAGGUUAACCCUUCGACCAUGCGAGGUCUAAAGGGGAUCAUGCCAGGUGUAAAGGAGAUCAUGCGAGGAGCCAAGGAGAUCGUGCGAAGUGUAACGGAGACACGAGCUUUCUAAUGUUUAAAGUAAUAAGCUGGAGUUCGAUGAAGAUAAUAGUAACGAGUCAGAAGAAAUUUGAAUGUAUCUUACUGUUUUCUAUCACCAAUAAAGCAUUUAUUCAUCAAAAGACUGUGUUUUGAAGCCAUAUCUGUGAAGAAGCUCUGAAGGUCUCUGUGAGCCAGCUCGCAUGCUUAUUGAAAACAUUCCCCUUAUCCAUGCUCAUCCAAAAGGCGGCUGGACAGUUAAUUUCUCGAACGAUUUGAAAAUCUGCCGCUACAGACUUGAUGGGCUGAAUGAACUUAUUCUGCACCUAGAUCUUAUGAACUUUCCCACAGGAUACACUGCAACGGUGUUCAUGUGGCAGGACAGUUGAGCUUGUUCACAGGAUGUCAACAGAGGAGAACUCGAUGACUGAAUGCCAAGGAUGGAUGGUUAGACUCUUUUGUUGGAGAUGGUUGUUGUCAUUAUGCAGUCAUUAGAAAAUAUCCCCACGUCUGAACUUUGGAUAGAAGGAAAAUUCUGAUAGAGCAGCUAAAGAUAGGUGAGUGGAGAUACUGCACUGAAGGAAAUGUCCUGGGGCUGGCAUGAUUGACCUCUGUCAAUUGAUCAGAGUGGUUGCCAUAUAACCAAACUGAGGGUACACAAAAAUGCUGGAGAAACUCAGUGGGUUUCGGCCCAAAACGCCUAUUUCCUUCGCUCCAUAGAUGCUGCUGCACCCGCUGAGUUUCUCCAGCAUUUUUGUGUACCUUCGAUUUUCCAGCAUCUGCAGUUCCUUCUUAACCAAACUGAGCAUUGGGGUAUAUACUGUUGGUGAAUAAAUGCUGCUUUAGGCAUUGUUGAUAACACCUCCCAUCACUGCUGAUGAUUGAUAGUGGACAUAUUGAACAAAAAUUAGUCUCCUAUCUUGCUUAUAAUGGGUUGACAUACCUGGGCAAUUUUCCCCAUUGUCACUAGAUGGCAGUGGUGUGACUUUGCUGGAACAUGUCGGACAGAUGCACAGUCUUCACCACUGCAGCCAGGAUGUUUCUGGUCACUUUGCUGUAUCCAGAGUAAUUUGAAUCGGCUGGAGCCUGGCUACUCUCAUGUUGGGAUGAAGCUAUUUUACUUCGGAGUCACGUGAGUGACUACGUGAAGAACCCGUCCAGCACGCAUGCGCGACAUGAGCGUUC